AUGCCAGAUUACAAUGCGAGGGUUGCUUCCAACCCAUAUGUGGUUGGCUCCUUCGCCUGCAUCGGAGGAGGACUCUUCGGCCUCGACAUCUCUUCCAUGUCGGGUGUCCUAAAUAACCAACACUACCUACAAGCCUUCGGACACCCAGGACCCAGCGCCCAAGGAGCCAUCGUAGCUUCCAUGCCCGCCGGCUCCCUUUUAGGCGCCCUAACGGUCACACAACUCGCAGAUCGAAUCGGUCGAAAGAAGACCAUCAUCCUCGCUGGAUUGAUUUGGAUCGUUGGCUCUGUCCUCCAAUGCGCAGCGCAGAACCGGGCGAUGCUCGUCGUUGGUCGAAUUAUCUCUGGUUUCUCGGUCGGGCUUUCCAGCGCCGUCGUUCCGAUUUACCAAUCUGAAAUUACUUACCCUUCUAUUCGAGGAAGGAUGGUGUCUUUGCAACAAUGGUCCAUUACCUGGGGUAUCCUUCUUCAGUACUUUGUCCAAUUUGGAUGCUCCUACAUCGACGGAGUGGCGUCCUGGCGAAUUCCUUGGGGCCUCCAGAUGAUCCCAGCAAUGGUUCUCAGCGCUGGUAUGACUAUCUUCCCCGAAAGUCCACGUUGGCUAUUCGACCAUGGGAGGGAAGACGAAGCCCUCCAAGUUCUCGCCGAUCUUCACGGCAAUGGAGACAAAACCAACGAACUCGUCGUUCUCGAAUACGAGGAAAUCAAAGAGCAGGUCGAGUACGAGCGUACUCAAGGCGCCAAGUCCUACUUGGAUCUGCUGAAACCCGGGAACCCACGUCGAGUCAUGCUUGGAUGCUCUCUUCAAAUGUGGUCGCAGCUCACUGGAAUGAACGUGAUGAUGUACUAUAUCAUCUAUGUGUUUGAGGGCGCUGGUUUGACUGGACGAAGGAGUAAUCUUAUCGCCGAUUCCGUCCAAUAUGUUUUGAACGUGCUCAUGACUGUUCCCGCUAUCAUCUAUAUCGACAAAUGGGGCCGUAGGCCCAUGCUUCUCGCGGGAACCCUUUUCAUGGGGUUCUUCCUCUAUCUCGUCGGAGGUCUUCAAGGUCGCUUUGGUCAUUGGGGCGAUAUCGAAGGGAAACGGGUUUGGGUCAUUACCGACAACCCGUCGGCAACCAAAGCCGUCGUUGUCUGCUCUUACCUGUUUGUUUGCAGCUUUGCUGUAACGAUGGGACCCGUUUCGUGGACCUAUCCGGCUGAAAUUUAUUCGCUCAAGAUCAGAGGAAAGGCCGUGGCUCUCGCAACUGCUUCAAACUGGACGUUCAACACCGCCCUCGCGUUCGCAGUCCCACCGGGCCUCGACACCAUCGCCUGGAAAACCUACUUCAUCUUCGGAACUUUCAACUUUGCCUGCUUCAUCCACGUCCUGUUUAUGUUCCCAGAAACCGUCGGCCGCUCGUUGGAGGAGAUCGAAGAGAUCUUCGGGAAGGGACAUGUCUUUACGGCGUGGAGGAUUGGGAGGGAUGUCGGGAGAGGGAAAGUCGCUGAGUUGUCGGCGCAACGAGCUCAGAGGAAGGAGGCGAAGGAGACCGAGAAUCAGGAGAAGGAAAAGGAAAAGGCGGGGUCGGUUGAAGAGAAGCACGAACAUGAGGUUGCGUAA